AUGAUCUCCUCGUCAGCCAAAAUCCCUGCUGCCCGUGGCUCCGUGCUGGGCAUCCUGCCUGGUCCAAACUACCCCCAUGUGGGGACGAGCCAGGCGGGCAGCAGCCUGCGCAGGGACACGGCAGUGUACAGGGACGGCGUGUACUGGAUCAGGGGCCGCACCUCGGUGGACAUCAUCAAAAACGGGGGGUUCAAAAUCAGCGCCCUGGAGGUGGAGCGGCACCUGCUCGCACACCCCCACAUCACAGACGUGGCGGUGAUCGGGCCACCAGACAUGGUGUGGGGCCAGCGGGUCAGUGCCGUGGUGCAGCUCCGCAAGGGCAGGAUGCUCUCCGUGAAGGAACUGAAGGAAUGGGCCAGGGAGAGCAUGGCACCGUACGCCAUCCCCUCCGAGCUGAUCGUGGUGGAGGAGAUCCCCCGCAACCAGAUGGGCAAAGUCAACAAGAAGGAGCUUCUGCAGCGCUUCUACCCAGCCUAG